UGUGCUUUCUGAGCCAAAGAAACACCUCAAGCUGGUGGUGUUUUGGUGAGGCCUGAUUAGUCACUUGAUGCCUGGUCACCCUGUUGACGCCUUAUCGGUUGGCUCUUUCCCAUAAACCGAUAAGGCAUCCAGGCAUCCAGGCAUCCAUCUCUACUCCAACGUCUCCGCAGGACCUCGGCUUCUUUUCUUUCCCUGUUCAAGCGUCUUUAAUGAAUUACACUGCUUCUCGUCCCGUCGCUUUUUAGAUCAUUGCUUCAUUAGCGUUUGACUAGAAACAAUCGGAGAACCAAGAUCAAAUUAUAGAGGCCCUGGAACAGCCUAAGAGAGAAGAUCCAGAGUUCGAGGGACCGAGAGUUCGAACCAAUUGGCCAUGGCUUGGUACACCCAGGCAGUUGAAAGAGCCUCCAAUUCUUUCAACGGCCCACAGGUUCAUCUUCACCUACUAGCUCUGACUGGAGCAUCUGUGACUCUCGCUUUUCUUUUCCGUUCAUUAGUCUCCGAACAGCAUCCUAAAGGUACCAUUCUCCCUUCGCCCCGUACAGCGAUUUCAACUCUGUCCGAUGCGGAAAAGCGCCAACUCCCUCUGCCAAAUGAUGUGCUCCCUGGAGCGCGGGAUGUAGCCUCACCGUAUGGCUCCAUGAGGGUGUAUGAAUGGGGUCCAGAGGACGGGCCUAAAGUAUUAUUUGUCCAUGGAAUCACCACACCUUGCAUUGCUCUGGGCGGAUUGGCACAUGCUUUGGCCGAUCAGGGUUGCCGAGUGAUGCUUUUUGACCUUUUCGGAAGAGGUUACUCGGACUGUCCGUCUGACGCUCCUCAAGAUGAUCGACUUUUUGCGACUCAGAUUUUUCUCGCUCUAAGCUCCUCUCCUGUCUCCUGGACGGGAGCUGGCUCUGGGAAAUUCUGUCUGGUCGGUUACUCCUUGGGCGGUGGUAUUGCAGCGGCAUUCGCAUCGUACUUCCCUAAUCUGCUCUCCGCAUUGGUGUUAUUGGCCCCAGCAGGGUUGAUCCGCGACUCCCAGAUCAGCUUUCAGUCCCGACUUCUCUAUUCGGGUGGUCUGGUCCCAGAACGGGUACUCGGUUUCCUUGUUGGUCGCCGCCUCCGCGCUGGGCCCUUGACUACCCCAAAGCCAAAGAAUGAAAAACUGAACGCAGCAGAUGCCCUCUCCGAGGAGCUUCCCUCACAAACCGCGGGCAAUAUGCAGGUAUUGUCUCGGGUCUAUCCACAUGUCUCGGUUCCCAGUGCCGUUUCUUGGCAGGUAAACAACCAUGCCGGAUUUGUUCAUGCUUUUAUGUCUAGUAUGCGCUUUGGCCCGAUCCUGCAGCAGCGACAGUGGGACACUUGGACGCGCCUUGGCAAGCACCUGGCAGCACAGAAGGAACUUCCAAAGGACGAGCAACUGGCAAAUGGUCUUCCAAGUGACAAAGUUCUCAUCAUGUGCGGCAUCCAUGAUGCCAUUAUCGUGAAAGAUGAGCUUGUGCCCGAUGCCAAGUUGGCCCUCCAAGGAAAUGUUGAUUUUGAGUACUACAACGCAGGCCAUGAGUUUCCCAGCACACUGUACGACAAGGUAGCACAACGGAUAGUGGAGCUCUUGCAUUGAGAGAAGUCUAUUGAACUUGGUCGAUGACAAAAAAUCAGGGAAAAUAAAAGAAAUGAAAAAACGCCUCUGAGCUUCGGGCCCAGGCUUGAUGAAAUGUACGCUAAUAAGACAAUCAUAGACUUUGUAU